ACUAUAUUUUUUUUUUUUUAUAUAAAGAAAUGGUUUUUGUAUAAAAAUGUAAGAUUAAAUUAAAACUGAUAAACAACUUUCUAGUACUAAAAGGUACCUACCUAGUAAUAAAGUGAAAGUAGAUAUUUUGUUUAAUAUCUGUGAAUUGUGGCACUGGUGUGUAGGUGUAAUUAUCAUUAUGUAACAGGUAUCUGGUUCAAAGUCCAUUUUAUUGCUUUUAAAUUUUACCUUAUGUUACUAGCUAAAAGCUAAACAAAAUAUACAAUUAUUAGAUAUGCAUACAUAAUAUUGCUAUUGUAUUUUUUUAAAUUCAAAUACUUACUCGCAUAGACUACUUAAUGUGAAUUAUAUUUAAACUUUUAUCUAAUAUUCAAAUGGCAACAAAAAGCUCACAAAACACUACCGGUUAUGUGGUGUUUAUAUCGUUAUUAUUUGAUUUACUGGCAUUUACUAUGAUAUUACCACUUUUCCCAUCAUUACUGGACUAUUAUAAACAAAAUGACUCUGGUGGAUUGUACCAAUGGCUGGAACAACAAAUAGGYGUCUUUCAAAAAAUUAUUGGUGUACCAGAUAAAUUUAAUGGAGUUUUAUUUGGUGGUAUACUGGGAUCAUUGUUUUCAUUUUUACAAUUUGCUUCAUCACCUAUCCUCGGUGGAAUAAGUGAUGUUUAUGGACGUAAGCCAGUCAUGAUUAUAUGUUUGGUAGGCAUUUUAUCUUCUUACAUAAUAUGGUCAAAGGCAACAACAUUUUCUUUAUUUGUUUGGUCACGUAUUAUUGGUGGUCUUAGUAAAGGCAAUGUUAGUUUAUCAAUGGCUAUUGUUACAGAUGUAUAUGUACCAGAAAAGCGCGGAAGAGGAAUGGCGAUGAUUGGAAUAGCAUUUUCUGUGGGAUUUGUAUUUGGUCCUAUGAUAGGAGCAGCAUAUGCUAAAUGGUCUCAUGGUCAAGAAGGGGUCUGGUUUGUUCAACCUGCUUUACUUGCAGUUGUUUUGACCAUAAUUAAUAUAAUUUUUGUAACUUUUACAUUUAAAGAAUCACUUCCAAAAAAAAAUAGAGCUUCUUCAGUUGCUGGAAAAUUGUCAGAAGCAUUUACAUACAUUAAUGUGRUAGAUUUAUUCAAAUUUAAACUUUUGGAUGGUGUUGUUCAAUCUGAAGAUAUUAAGAAGUUACGCACAUUGGGUACUGUCUAUUUUACUUAUUUAUUUCUAUAUUCUGGAUUAGAAUUUACAUUGACAUUUUUGACACACAACAAAUUUGGAUAUACCUCAAUGCAACAAGGUUGGAUGUUUUUUGGUAUUGGUAUUACCAUGGCUAUUUUACAGGGUGGUUGGGUUCGAAGAAUACCUCCAGCACGUACAGCUAAAACUGCCACUUUAGGACUUUUACUUAUAGUUCCAUCGUUCAUAUGUGUUGGAAUGGCUGAAUCUCCUCCACUUUUUAUUUUUGGUUUAUUUCUUUAUGCUGUUUCUACCUCUAUUGUUGUUCCGUGUAUGACUACAUUAGCAUCACAUUAUGGAUCUAAUGCUCAUAAAGGGAAAGCGAUGGGUACAUUCCGUUCAUUAGGUGCUUUAGCUCGAGCUGUUGGACCAGUUUUUGCUUCAAUGUUAUAUUGGUCUAUUGGUCCAAGGAUUACAUAUUGCAUUGGAGGCAUUUUAUUAUUGUUACCCUGGUUUUUGUUAAAGAAAACAUUGAAGAACACUAAGGAAAAAAUAUAAUUUACAUUUUUAUAAUAUGUUAUACAUUAUCAUAUUUUAAGUAAAAUUAUUUAUAUGUGUUGUGAUAUGUGUGUAAAUCAUUGUUAUAUUAAUAUUAUACMCAUUUGGGAAACAUUAAUUGCUAAUGAAAAACUCAAUUAUAUAUUUUAAAAUCUAGAUACAAAUAUCAUCAUCAAAAACAUUUAUAUUAUUGUACCAAAGA